AUGCCAUCACUAGAAGAAUCAUUCACUACGGCCAUUGCCGAAGGCAAAAUCCCAGGAACAGUCUUGAUGGCCACUAAUGAGACAGGCACCUUUCAGUAUUCAAAAGCAUUUGGUCCCUCGUCGUUACAUGGAAUACAAAAUGACCUUAAACUUGACGCGGUAUUCAUCCUUGCCAGCUUUACCAAGUUGAUUACGACGAUUGCAGCCCUGCAGUUGGUCGAGCGUGGAAAAUGGACACUGGACGAAAAUGUUUUCGACAUUCUCCCAGAGCUAGAGACGCUGCCAGUCUUGACACAGAUGAAGGAAGGGAGAGCCGUGCUAAAGAAGAGAGAAAAAGAAAUCACCUUGCGGCAUCUCCUUACCCACUCCUCUGGCGUUGGAUACAGCAUGACUUCUACUCUCAUCCAGGAGUAUCAUGCUUCCAUUGGACUGCCUCCUACUGCGUCGUUUCCGGAUGUGAUAAACCGCUUCGGCUGCCCGCUUUUGUUUGAGCCAGGUAGUUCUUGGCAGUAUGGUGGCAGUCUGGAUUGGGUUGGGUUGGGUGUUGCCCGAAUCGCUAAGAUGUCUUUAGAAGACUAUUGUCUACAGAACAUCUUUGGACCGCUGAACAUUACGGACAUAACUUUCUGGCCGGAAAGGCAACCAGAGCUUAAUGCCCGCUUGGCAGGCAUGACGGUCCGCGACUCCGAUGUACCAGACGGUAAAGUAAGGGUGCUCCCAUAUUCAGGGCCCAACCCUGGUGGAGCAUACGCUGAAGAAUUCGGUGGCCAGGGCGCCUAUGGCACAUUGCCCGAAUUCAUGAAGAUCUUGCAAAGCCUACUCGCAGACGAUGAGAAACUAGUAAAGAAGGAGACCACGGUCGACAUGUUUCAGCCUCAGCUCAGCCGCGAGAGCCAGAGGUCCCUUCAGGAAUCUUUCGGCGACAUUAACAGAAGUCGAUUGUUCGUUGGCACGUUUCCAGAGCAUGUGCGAUAUGAUUGGGGACUUGGUGGCUUAUUAACGAUGCAAGAUGUCACAAUCGACGGGAUGCAGUGGAGGAAGAAGGGCUGUAUGGUUUGGAGCGGAAUGCCAAAUUUAUUCUGGUUCCUAGACCGAGAAGUUGGGCUAUGUGGUGUUUAUGGAACGCAACUACUACCUCCUGGAGACACUAAAACCAACGAGAUGAUUGCGUUCUUUGAGAAAUCAAUAUAUGAGCUAUAUGCUAGGUUUAAAGAAGAACAUUAG